AUGUUGGUGUUUUAAAUACUAUUUCUAAUUUUGAUGUGAGAAUUAAAAAUAUUCUUAGCUUUGAAGUAAAUACUAAUGAUUGUGUGAACAAAUUUUAAAUAUUAGAGGGUGAUGUUGAGUAUACGGAUAAUUAUAUUGAUAUAACCAAUUAUUAGGCUUAAGAGGCUUAUUCUUAUUCUUUUUGGAUAAAGUAUGCUAUUCUUGAUCCAAAAUAUAAAAAUAAUCAACCAAAUGAUGGCUAAAAUUGGUGUAGUGGAUUUUAUUAUAUCAUUUGGUCAUAAGUCAUAGAUUAUGAUUUUUAUAAGACUUCAUUGUUAAUGUUAAAUAUUUAGAGAAAUAUUUGUGAAUUCAAGUUUUAUUAUAGUGAAAUUGAUGCUGAUUAGCCAACAGAGGUAACAAUUUAAUAAGAUGCAUAAAAACUUGAUAAUUAAUGGAUAUAUUUUAUGAUAUCAUAUUAUCCUAAUGAAAAAAAUGUAGUUAUAUAGAAAGAUUCUGAUAUUACAAUCCUAAAUGUUCAAUCUAUUUAUUAAGGAAAUGUUUAAACUACUUUGGGGAAUGAUAAUUUUGUAUUUUUAAUUAUUUAUUAUUAGAUUGUAAUUGCCAAUAGAUUUUUUUGGGUCAAACUAAUUCCUGGGUUAUUGACAAAUUAAAUAUAUUAUGAGAAGCUAAAAACAUAAAAUGACUUUUAUUACAGUGGUUUUUUAAAUUGUAAACCUUAAGAUGAUAGCUAACCUAUAACUAAAAUAUAUGUAGAUGGAUUAUAAUAAUUUAAUUCAGGACUUGUAAUUGUGGAUAAAUUUUUGAGGGUUGGUUAAAAAUAUAUGAUUCAUAGUUGGGUAAAGUUGAAUCUUGAUUUAGUAACGAUUACAAAUCCAUUAUCUUAAUUACUUAUGAGAAUUACAAUAAAUUCAUAUUAUAAUGAUUAUAAAUAUGAAGGAGACAGAACAUUUUAUUAUAGAUAUAACAUAUACAAAUAGGAAAUAUAAAACUCAAAUGUAUAUGUGGAAACAUCACAUUAUAAAAUACCAGUAUAGUGUUAUAAAUUUAAUGAAAUAUAUGGUGAAGUUGAGGAUUUUGAGAAAUGGUAAUUUGAAGAUGUACAACUUUAUAAUUUAAUUUAAAAUUGGCAUUUUUUUAUUUUUGAACAUGUAGGACAAGAAAGUUUAGAAGAGAGUUCUUGCUUUUAUUUAUAUUUUUAAUUUAGUCUUUAACCUAUAAAACAUUGUUUUGGUAGUGCAAAUUAAAGAAGUCAAUAUUCAAAUGGAUACUAUUAUGUAUAUAUUGGAUAGGAUGAUUUUAUCAAUAAGAAAUUAGUUGGUUCUAUAUCAGAUUUGACUAUUAAGUACAAUUAUAAUGAAAUAUAAGAAAUUAAAAUAAGUAUAAUUAUACAUAAAUUUUAGUUUGUCAUUUCUCAUGCUCAACAUGUGAUGGUCCAACAGCUAAUGAUUGUCUAAGUUGUGAUAGUUAAUAUAAUAGAAUCUUUGAUGAUAUAAAUAGAUCAUGUGUCUGUUUAAAAAAUCAUAUGCAGAUUGAAAAGAAUAAAAGUUGUCAAUCAAUCUAGACUAUUUUUCCUUAUUCUCAAGAAAAUUAAAUAUCUACAAUUAAUUAAGAAGAAUGUGAUUUUGGUUAUUUUAAAAUCCCUAAGAAUAAUGGAUUUAUUUGUAAAAAAUGGUAAUUAAUAUAUCUAUAAUUUAGUCCCUUUGAAAUUAUAAAUCAUAUUCAUUGUUUAGAUUGUUAUGAAUAUCCAAAUCAUUGGUAUUUAAAUCCAAUAUGUACUACUGAUUUUUUUCAGCAAGACAGAACUUAGGAUCAAGGCUAUAUAUUUUAUGAAAGAAGUGAAAAUGAAUAUGAAGUCUUUUUACUUGAUAUUGAAGAUAAUCUUAAUUAUUUCUAGUAGUAUCAAUAUAUUUGUAGUGAAUCUGAUAUUAGAUUAGGUUUAAGGAAUUGUGUUCAAAUAAAUAUUGCUAAUUUAAAGUAAGAAACAUUUGUUGAAUGCACUUCAAAUUAUUAUUAUGAAAAUGGAGAUUGUAUUUAAUGUUAAACUAAUUGUUUAAAAUGUAAAUCUAAAAAUGAAUGUGAUAUUUGUAUUUAAUAACAUUAUGUAAAGAAAGGAGAUUGUAUUCAAUGCCCUCUAAAUUGUAAUUCAUGUUAUUAUGAUGAAUUAAUAUAAGAUGUUCAAUGUUAAUCUUGCAUAUUGUAUAAAUUUAUUUAAAAUUAAGAAAAUUUACAUUAUUCAAAGGAAUUUGUUAAUAAUGUGGAAGUUAUUGUUAGACUUGUAUAGAAGACUUUGAUAUAAAUUCACAAUAAUAUUUUAAUAGAUGUUUAUAAUGUAUAGAUUCUUCAAAAUAUUACAUCUCAAUAACAGGUGGAUAUUGUUUAGAAAAUACAAUUGAAAAUUGUUUAUAUGCUUAUGAAUACAUUUAAAUAGAUGAUAUAAUAAUUAAUACUCUAGAUUAUAAGUUUUAAACUGUAUCUUAACACUAACCUAUAAAUAGUUGUGCUAGAUGCAAAGAUAAAUAUGGAGUUAACGAAAACAAUUAAUGUUAAGAUAUAGAUAAUUUUAAUUUUAAUAACUGCAUAUUUUCAGCUUAUCUUGAUACAACAUAAAGUUAUGUUUGUAUCAUUGGAUCUGAAAGUAAACAAUCAAAUUAAUGUUCUUUAACAUCUCUUUAUUGUUAAACAUGUUUAUAUUUGAAAUCUGUUUAAAAGAAUUUUUGUAUUACUUGUUUGGAUGGAUAUUAUGCAGAUAGAUUAACAGGACUUUGUUUUUAAUGUCCAAAAUCCUUAUUUUGUAAUACAUGUUAUUAAUAAAUGAAAAUCAAUUAAGAUUAUUGGUAAAUUAAUAUAAUGAAUUAUUAUGAGACUAUUAUAAAUAAAGAUGGACAACAUACAUUUCGAAAUAAUGCUUAAAGUUAAAAUAAUUAAGAUUAUGAAGUAAUUUGUUCUUCAUGUAUUGAUUAAUAUUUACUUUUAAAUAAUUAAUGUAUUAAAUUAUGCCCAGAUGAUUGUGCCUAAUGUAUUUUAUAAGAUAAUUAAUUUGUUUGUCUUAAAUGUAUAUAUGAAAGUUAAGGUCGUAUGCUAACUAUUUUUAAUAAUCAAUGUUAAAGAUGUUCAUAAAAUUGUAAGGUUUGUAGAAAUAGAUCUUAAAAUGAAAUUACUGCUCUCAAUCCAUUUUUUUAAGAUGAAACUUAUAUUAUGUAUUCAAGACAAUGUUUAAUACCUUCCAAUUAAAAAGUAGUUUAUAAUAAAGAAUUUGGUAUUUUUCAGGAAUGCAAUCUUUAAGGAUAUUGUGAAAAUCAUAUGUUAUUUUAAAUUAAUCUAUAUUGUGAUUUUGAAGAAUAUAAGAAUGCUGAGUAGUUAAAUCAAGAUAAUUUAUAAUUUUUAUAAGGGAAUAUGUAUUUAAAUGAUUUAUUUAAAAAUAACUUUACUAUCUUUUCUAAUAAUUUACUCUUUUAACAUGGAAAUGAAGCAUAAAUUUCAACUAUAACAUUUUAAAUAAAUAGUAAAUAACCUCAAAAUUGUUUUUUAGAUGAAGAUUUCAUAAUAUCAUAAAAUCUAAAAUAACAUAUCUUUACCUUAAAGUAUUAAUUUAAAUUAUUUUAGAACUGUAAAAAUUUAAAUAAUUGGCCACUCUCUCUUAACAUUUAGAUUAACUAAUAAUCUGUUAUUUGUUAAUUUUGAAGACAUACUACUAUAAAAUAUUAAGUUUGUUAUUGCACCUAUUCUCAAUUAAUAACUCUAAAUUUCAACCUAAUCAAUAACUUAUCAAAACAUUAAAUUUUUUAAUUUAACUUUUACUACUUUGGUUGGAACUUUUGGUUGUUCAAUUUAAAUAUAUAAUGCUUAAUAAUUACUCUUUCAAAAUAUUAUACUAUAAGAUUAUAAAUAAGGGGGAUCUAAUGGUUUUAUAGAUAUUUAUUCUUCUAAUCUAAAGGGUUAUACUUAAAUUUAGGAUUUUCAUUUAAUUAAUACUGAUAUUCAAGAUUCUUAAUUUAUAUAAUUUUAAACUUCAAAAAAUCACAUAAUAGAAUUAUAAAAUCUAUUCAUUAAUAGUAAUUUAUAUAGAUCCUAAUUUAUUGUAUGUGCUUUGGCUUCUGGGUGUGGAGAAAUAAAGAUUUCUAAUUUAGAAUCUAGCUAAUCAUUAAGUAUGAACUCUCUAAUGUUUUCACUUGAAAAAUUUAGUGAGACUGAAUUAAUUAAUCUAAAUUUCAAUAAUAUAGAAUUAAUGGAGUCUACCUUUAUCUAAUUUAUUCAAAAAUUUACUUUAACCAAUUUUACUAUUAGAGAUUCAAUAAUAAUUAAUAGUUUGUUAAUAAACAAUGAUCUAUUAACUAAUUUAUAAAAAUCUAUUUACACAUUUUCAAAUCUUUAAUUUAUAUCAAAUUCAUACAAUAAGAAAUCGAAAUUCAUAACCAUAUAUCGAUAUGCUGCCUAAGAAUCAAUAAUAAUAGUAUAAGAAGCCAGCUUCCUAAAAAAUAAAUUAUAAGAUAUGAUAACUAUAGAGAAUUUGAAAUAAUUUGAUUAAUCUCUGAUAGUUUUUUAAAGUGAUUAAAUUAAACUUAAAGACAUAAUAAUACAUCAAGGUAAUGGCUUACCUUUAAUUUCUUUUAUUAACUCUUAUCUUAUUGAAAUUAAUAAUUUAUACAUUACAACCAGUAAUCAAAUAAAAGAUUUAAUUCAAACUUAGGAGAUAAGUAUACUAUAAUUAGGAUUGAUUUUGUAAUUUUUUGCUAAUCAAAAUAUAGAAAUUAAUAAUAUGAUUGUUGAAUCAGUCUUAUUAAGUAACUACCCUUUAAUAAGUUAUGAAUCAAUUACAACAUCAAUAUCUGAAUAAAAUGAAUUAGUUGUAAUUAAAAAUUCAUCUUUUUUUAAUAAUAUUUUAGUAUAUGAUUCAACUAGGAACGUUGUUUGUCUAUUUCAAUUAGUAUCUGAAUAAAAUGUUACAUUAAGAUUUGAAAAUGUUAAUUUUCAAAAUAAUAUUUUAUAUCAUAAAAAUCAAGGUCAGAAUUAGAGAUCUGUAACUUUACUUUAUUAAGAUUGUUAAGCUUGUACAUAUUAUUUUAUAUCUAAUUAAUUUGUUUCCAAUAUUGCAAUAAAUGCAAGUGUUAGUAUCAUCUAUAUUAGAUCAAAAGAAGUAAAUAUACUUGGAUCUCUAUUUUCUUAAAAUGGUGUCUACAAUACUGAAAUUAAUAAUUAAUUAAAAGUGCUUUCUGUAAAAAUAAAUGAUAAAAUGAUCAAUUAAAGAAGUGCGAAUGGAAUAUUUUAUUGUUCUCAUCUUAGAAUUUAUGAUACAUCAUUUGAAUUUUCAAAAGGUUCUUUGGCAAGUGGAUUUUAAUUUUUAUCAUCCUCAAUUGGGAAUUUAGAUGUGAAAAGGACUAUUUUUUAACAUAAUUAAAAUUUAUUCUUUGGUGAUAAUUCAUAAGGAGGAUCAAUUUACAUAGAAGGUAAUAGCAAUUAGUAUUAAAUUAAUCUUGAGAAUAAUAUAUUCAAAAACAUCUCCUCAGGAUAUGGAGGAGCUUUAUAAAUUUAAAAUAGCUUAGGUAGAUCGUUGAUAUCUAUGAAAAAUACAUAAAUUGAAGAUGUUAAUUCAUUAUAUGGUACUGUUGUUUAUGCUGUUUUCUCAUAUUAAGUUCAAAGUUAAUCAUUGAUAUCCAUUUCAGAUCUAAAAAUAAAUAAUAGUUUUUCCAGCUUUGCUAAAUUUCAAAAACAAAUAUUAGAAUCUAUAUCAAAUUAAGCAAUUGAUAAGCUUUUUCAAUAUAGGUCAAUGUUUUAUUCUGAAUAUGGAAAACUCUCUAUCUUUAAUAUGUAUAUAUUGCAAUCUCAUUAAGAAAUAGUCAUAAUAGAUUAUUUUAUUAAAGGACUUAUUCUUAAAUAAGUUGAUAUUAAAAAUACAAAUUAUUCUUAAUAUGGAUUAAUAUUUAUUUAUCCAAAUACUGGUAAUCAUAUUUAUAUGUAUUAUAGUUUAAAAAGUGGAAAUUUCAAUCAAGGAAUUAUCAAUAUCAGGAUCGUUAAUAUCUGAUUUAAAUAUCUUUUCUUAUGAUUUAAUUUUAGGUUUGAUUAAUAUAUUAAAUCUAAAUGAGUAACACUAUGUAAUCAUGGAUGAUAUUUAACUCUAAAAAAUUAAUUGUAGUGUUUGUCAAAAGGGAUUAAUAAAUAUUGAUGGUACAAUUACAUUACCUAAAUAAAUAAUGAUGAGGAGAAUAAAUAUAUAAAACAAUACAUGUGGUUUGAGAGGAUGCGUAAAUAUUUGGACAGAUAAUGAGAUUUUAGAUGAUACAAAAUAAAUAAAUCAAUCAACAAAAAGGUAGCUUUAAUCAAAGACUUUGAAUUUGGUUUUUCCUUAUUCAAUUGUAAUUGAAAAUUAUUUAUGUAAUGGAAAUAUAGCUAAUUUUGGAGUUUGUCUGAGGAAUAAAGAUUAUUCCAUUUUACUUGACUCUUUAUAAUUACUUAAUAAUAAGGCAACUAAUUAAGGAGGAGCAAUAGUAUUUUCAGGUAGCAAGGCAAUAUUUAAAAUAAUAAAUAGCAUAAUAGCAAAUAAUGUAGCCUCUGUUGCUGGAGGAAUUUAUUAUUCUGAAUCAUUUUCACAAAAUUAUUCCAAUCUUAACUCUUAUAUUUUUAAUAACAGUGCAAUUUAUUAUGGAAAUGAUACAAUUGAAUUACCAAAUUAAAUAAAAAUAACUAUUCACAAUCAUUCAUAUUCAAAUUAAUAAAUAUUCUUCAAAAAUGAAAUAGUGAUAGAUUAAGUAUUAAUUUCAAAUUAAUAUCAAAAUAACUAAUCUAGUGUUCUCUUACCAAGCGGAUAACUUAUAUAUUUAUAUUAAUAGUUUGAUUGGGAAAAUAAUAAUUAUAUUAUGAUGAAUUAUACUUUAAGAUUAAUUCCAUAUGAUUAAAGGAAUAAUAGAAUAAAAAAUUUAACAUCUAGUAAAUGUUCAAUUAAAGGAAGAUUAUAUGAUUAUAAGAAAUUAGAAGAGAGUGAACAAAAAGCAUUUAGUAAUAAUUUCACAAAUUUAAAUGAAGUUGUUUAUGAUAAUUUUAUGGAAGAAUACAAUUUUGAUCAUUUGAUUAUAUAUUUUGAUCCUGAUUUACCUGAAAAUAUUGUUUUAUAAUUUGAAUUUACAUGUGAUUCAAUUAGAAUACCAAUUUUAAAUGAGAUUUAAUAAAUAGAUACUAUAAUUAAAUAAUCAAAAGAUUAUUAUUUAAGAUUAAAUAUAAAAACAUUACCUUGUUAAAUUGGAGAAUUAAAAAGUGAAGAAGAUUUAUCUUGUCAUCCUUGUGAUUAUACUUAAGAUUAUUAUUCAGUUAAUUUCAAUUCAAAUAAAUGUAAAAUUAGAGAUAAUAUUUAAAUGGAAUAAGUUAAAUCAGCAUAAAUUAAAUUAAGACCAGUAAAUUAUAUAAUUUUAUUAUUUAUUAGAAUUAUUGGAGACCUUAUUUUUAUGCAGAUCUUAUUGAAUAUUGUUAUAACUUUGAAUUUAAUUGUUUAGGUGGAUGGAAUUAUGGAGAUGUUUCAUGUUCUUUAGGUCAUAUAGGAGCAUUAUGUGAAUAAUGUGAUAUUUAUAAUAUUAGAGGAGAUGGUGCAUAUUCUAUAAGUUAAAAAUAUAAAUGUGGUUCAUGUGAUGAUACAAAAUCAAAUACUUUAAUCAUAAUUGGUAUAUCAUUAUGGUAUUUAUAAUCAUUUAUUAUUUAAAAGGACUCUCAUUUCUAUUUCAAUAUCUGUGAAAAGUACUGUAGAAAUCAUUAAAUAAUUAGCUAAAGCAUCUAAAUUAAAAUCAAUUGGAAUCAUGAUAGUAGUCACAAAGAAUAAUGCUGUUAAUUUUAUUAAGAUUCUUACUAAUUAUUUAUAAAUUAUUGCAUCUAUAAGUACUUUCUAAUUAUAAUUACCUUAAAAUAUUGA